AGCUAUAUAAGAGGGUCACUCUCCUUCGCACCACGUCACUCCUUCAGCGUCCCUCCUAUCACGAUGACCUGCAGGGUAUUCCUUCUAGCCGUGUUGGCAGCGGUGGCGUGCGCUGAGCCUGAAGUCAGCUCCCACGUCAGCAUCACCACGGGAGGUCACACCACCUCCCACAGCUCCCACAGGCCCCACGCCCCCGCCCACGCUCCUGUCCCCCACCGCCCUGCCCCUCACCACCCAGCCCCUCACCACCCAGCUCCUCGUCUCCCGGUUCAUCACGCCCCUGCCCCACGCCACCCUGCUCCUCAUCACCCAGCUCCUCACCGCCCAGCCCCCGCCCCUCACCGUCCCGUCCACCGCCCAGCCCUCGCCCCUCACCGUCCCGUCCACCGCCCAGCCCUCGCCCCUCACCGCCCCGUCCACCACUCCGCCCCCGUCCCUCACCGCCCCGUCAACCACUCUGCCCCCGCCCCUCACCGUCCCGUCCACCGCCCAGCCCCCGUCCCUCACCGCCCCGUCCACCGCCCAGCCCCCGUCCCUCACCGCCCCGUCCACCAUCCAUCCCCCGCCCCAUCCUACACUCCUGAACCCAUUUACAGGCCAACCUACGAGCCAGAACCCACCUACCACGCCCCAGAGCCUACCUACCAUGCUCCUGAGCCUACUUAUGAGGAGCCUGAGUCUUCCUAUGAACACGGCCCACCUGCCCCGACCUAUGCUCCUCAUAGACCCACCUACGCCCCCAGACCCACCUAUGCUCCUCCUACCUCAACCUACGGCCCACCCAUCUCUUCCUAUGCUCCGCCAACCCCCUCCUACGGCACCCCUCAUCACUAACACUGAGGGAGAUGAUGUGAUUGAUGUGUUUCUGUAAGGAUUUAUUUAUCGACGAACUUCAACGAGCAUCAAUUAAACCUGCAAAAAAAAUGUUGGCUCUGUUAUUUAUCUUUUUGUGAAACGCGCGCGCACACACACACACACACACACACACACACACACACACACACACACACACACACACACACACACACACACACACACACACACACACACACACACACACAAACACACACACACACACAGAGA